CUGCUGCCAAUGGGUACUUCAAUUGAUAUGUACAGGCAAAAUGCAAAAAAAACCAAGGACCCAGAUAUCUUGUUUUCAUUUGCCCAGAUCUUAAUUAGAACGUCACUCUCAAACAGGAGUGAUAAUCCGCUGAGUGAGAAGGAAAAGGAGAAAUACCUUGACGAGGCGUUUACCGCUCUCAAAAAGUCAAGUAAGUCGGGCUGUAUCGAAGCGCAGUACUACCUUGGUGAUGCAUUUUCUGUAGGGUUAUUCAGCAAGGGCAAGCCCGAAUUGAACAAGUCAUUGACAUACUUUGAGUCUGCUGCAAAGGCUAAGCAUGCAGAGAGUGCAUAUAGAACUGCUAUGUGCUACAAAAAGGGAUGGGGGUGUACACGAGAUGCAAGAAAAGUUGUCAAAUAUCUUGAAAUUGCAGCGAUUAACAACCAUCCAGUCGCCAUGAUGGAAUAUGGUAUAUAUGCUUUCCAUGGGUUAAUGAGUUUUCCAGAGGAUGUGAAUACCAAGAAAAAAGGGAUCAGUUGGUUAAGGCGUGCUACAGAGUGUGCAACAGAGAUGAGUUGUGGUGCCCCGUAUGAACUGGCUUUGAUUUAUAUGAACGGUUUCAAGGAUAUUGUCAUCAAAGAUACAAAUUAUGCUGUCAAAUUACUUUUCCAGGCCUCCAAUCUUGGACAUGCGAAAUCCGCCACUAUGCUGGGUAAGUUCUACGAGAUUGGGGACAUUGUUGAGGCAAAUGCAGAUCUGUCAAUCCAUUUUUACAACAUGAGCGCCAAUCUAGGUGAUGCUGAUGGAAUGAUGGGACUAUGCUCAUGGUACUUUGUUGGCAGUGAGCACUUGCCGCAGGACUAUGACGAAGCAUUUGCGUGGGCCAUUAGGGCUGCCGAGAAUUAUAAACACAACAAGGCCAUGCUUUUGCUGGAAAGAUUCUACGAGCUUGGUGUGGGAUGUGAAAAAGAUAUGCAAAAGUCUAAAUAUUGGGGUGAUUUGGCUAGGAAACAGGAAAAGAAAAAA